AUGUCCUCCGAGUGCAGGUCAAAUGUUUUUCUGGAAGUUGAUAUCUACAUUCCUGAAGGUGUUAGGUGUUGUGGUCAACAUCUUGACAGAAAUGGACUGAUUUUUCGGCCACUAAUUCUCGCUUUGACAUCUCAGAAUCGUCCUUACGUUAUACCAGGGGCUGAUCUCCAGCAAUUAUUGGGAAAUCUACGGAGGGAGGCCCAAGCCAACGAUAAAUUGUUCAAUCCCAACAAACUGAGCGAAGAAGAGUUUAUGUGCCUUUUUUCAUUGAAUAAGGUUGAUUUUGCUUACCUAUUAACAUUCUGUGACCCAGUGCCUCACGAAAGGGGUGUUCGACAUAUAAGUUCUAAGGAUCUCAUGACAUUCCUUUGCAAGAUGAGACAAGGAUUAUCGGAUAAACUUUUAGCAACUCUCUUCAAUUAUUCGAGCAGACAAGCUGUUACUUUGGCUGUAGGAAAGGUAAGAACGUCACUAGCAAUGCGAUUUGUACCGGAGAAUAUCGGCACCGCAGCAAUUACAAGGGAACAGUUCAUCGCCCGCCAUGUAACCCCAUUUGCCAACGAGUUGUACAACAAUGAGCCCGCUGUGCCAAAGGUAAUUGUAGUUUGCGAUUCUACCUAUGCCUACAUACAUAAGAGUAGCAACUUCCGCAUUCUUCGACAGUCCUAUUCCCUGCAUAAAGGGAGGCAUCUUCUCAAACCAACACUUCUUGUCGCGCCAGAUAGAUAUAUUCUUGCGAUUCUUGGGCCAUAUUUCUCAGACACAUGGAAUAACGAUGCAGAAAUCCUUAGGGAUGCAUUUGAGAGAGAUGCCGAAAUCUUGCAGGAAUAG